AGAGGGGAAUCGGGGAACGGAUGUGUUGCUGGUUGCCAACCGGGCCCUCUCGUUGAGGCUACAGUUUGCUCCUACAAAUCUGUUCUAGGUGCUGUAGCUCUGUGUGUGCCUUCCUGUCGGAUGCACUGUGCAAUUAUCAACCCCACGCAGCUCCUUCACUCAGCGGCUGCUCGUUCACGGAAACUGCAGGCGCACGUCGUCCGGGGCGUCUUUUUGUAGUUUGAAGGGCAUGUCAGCAGGCUGCAGCUUCAGCCUAUGUAUGUCCUCGGUUAGACACACGGCUCUGGGAGAUGUAGCCUGCCUGGUGAUAAACCUGUGGUCAGCAUCGCUUUAAGCCCACCUACCUGCCUGCGCCUCCUCUCCACCAAUCCACCGACCGAGGAAGGAAAGAAGGAAGAAAAGGAGGAGUGAGAAGAGAUGCCGAUGGUGACUCGGAGACCUCGGACUGAACGACCCGUACCUGCACACAGGGUGUACCCAGCAGAACUGCCACGGACCUUCGCACAGAAAAACCCGAACAGAAAUGGACCAACAUAACGUGAGGCAAAGCAAGAGACAAAAACAGGAGUCAAGAAACAGAGCAGAGGCUUCAGCCCCAGCUUCAGCUCCAGCUCAAGCUGCAGCCUCAUAUAGACCCAACAAUCCCAGCACCAGUCAGCGUCCGGUUCCCUCCAGGCCUCCGCGGCCCCAGAGAAGUCCUAGGAUUGAGGCAUCUGUAGAUAUUUCAGAACCAACUGAACCCAGAGUUGAGCCCAAAGCUGCACCCAAAACUGAACCCAAAGCUGAACCCAAAACUGAAUCCAGAGUUGAAACCAAAACUGAACCCAAAACCAAACCUGCUUCACAAACUAACCAGAAUGAGACCACUCCUGACGGCAGUGUGGUAAGCCAGCCCAAACCCUCUCCCCAGACCGAAGAGCAAACUGGGCUGAGUGUCAAGGCGGGUCCUAAAGGUCCAGGUCACCACCCGGUCAGAGCUGCAUCCGUGCCCCAACCACCUCCUAGCAGACCUGUGCCCUCUCACCUGAACCCGCAUGCGCAGAGAGCCAUGUCCUUGGCGGGCACCGCUGAUACUCUGCCUCAGGUUCAGGAGGAGUUCAGGGUGCACAUCAUCACCUGGAAUGUGGGCUGUGCCACGCCACCUGAAGACAUCACCACUCUGCUUGGACUGAACGUGGGAGACGGAAACACAGACAUGUACAUCAUCGGGUUGCAGGAGGUGAACUCCAUGAUUAACAAAAGGCUGAAAGAUGUCCUCUUCACAGACCAGUGGAGCGACGUCUGCAUGGAGAGACUGAGCCCCUUUGGUUAUGUGCUGAUAACAUCCGAGCGAAUGCAGGGCCUGAUACUGCUGGUCUUUGCGAAAUACUUCCAUCUGCCUUUCCUCCGUGGAGUCCUGACAGAGACCACCCGCACAGGAAUGGGGGGUUAUUGGGGGAAUAAAGGCGGCAUUAGUGCCCGAAUGACCGUGUUUGGCCACAGCAUCUGCUUCCUCAAUUGCCACCUGCCUGCUCACAUGGAAAACCAGGACGAGCGUAUGGAUGACUUCGAGAGCAUCUUGCAGCAGCAGCAGUUUGAUAUCCAGGGGCCCACUGGUGUUCUGGAUCAUGAUCUUCUGUUCUGGUUUGGGGAUCUUAAUUUCCGCAUUGAAAAUCUGGAUAUCCAAACUGUGAAAUCAGCGAUUGAGAACAACAGAUACGCCAUGUUGUGGGAGAAGGAUCAGCUAAACAUGAUCAAAGACAGUGAGACAGUGUUGGAGGGAUUCGAGGAGGGGCCGCUGAGAUUUCCUCCCACCUAUAAGUUUGACGUUGGAACGAACACAUACGAUACAAGUGGGAAGAAGCGUACACCAGCUUGGACUGACCGCAUCUUGUGGCGCCUGAGGGCCACGGCACCAGCUGCUCAGACAGCGGAGAGGCGUGUUUCAGUGUCAGGGUUGACCAGAGGGAUCAGAGUGACGCAGCACUGCUACCGAAGCCACAUGGAGUACUUAGUCAGUGACCACAAGCCGGUGUCGUCCAUCUUUACCCUGGAGUUUCCAUACAGGGUGGAUAUUCCUCUGGUCACUCUCAUAGUGGAGGAUGAGUGGAAGAGUGUAGAAGAUGCAAAGGUGAUAUACAAACUGAUGCCCAACUACUCUCGAAGCAGUUGGGACUGGAUUGGAUUGUAUAAGGUGGGUUUCAAGCACCACAAAGAUUACGUGGGAUACAUGUGGGCUAAGAAUGAGGACGCAAAUGUUUACACCCAGGAACAUCAGAUAAACUUUACAGAGGAGGAAUUACCCAAAUUCUCAGGGGAUUUUAUCUUGGGUUACUAUAGCAACAACACGAACACCAUUGUGGGUGUAACAGAGCCAUUUCAGAUCUGGCUGCCCACUGUGGACGAUUCAGGCAGCUCUUCAGACAGCUCUGAUGCCAGCUCAGAAAAUGACAGCACUGUUGUCAUGAAGUUGUUGUCCCGCAGUCCAAGUGUACAGCGCAAACACAGCCGCAGCCGCAGCCUCAGCCGCAGGCAAAGCCAAAGCCGAAGCCGCAGCCGUAGCCGUAGCCAUAGCGGAGGUCGUCCCGGGAAUAUCGCUGGCAACUUUUUGAGCAACCUCGCUGGCAACCUUUUGAGCAGCCUUCCUGGCAACCAGCCUGGCAACCAGCCUGCCAGCCACCCUGUCAACCAGCCUGCCAGCCACCCUGGCAGCCGCCCCAGCACCCGCCCUAGCAGCCCUACAGAGCUCAGGAUGAAGGAGCUCGGUCUCACUGAUGGCACCGCUGCAGGGAACGAGCCUACGGGACACUCAGCAGACGGCAGCCACAUUCACGGGGCAACAGACAAAAACAAGGAGUGUUCAGGAAUGUGAUGCAACAAAAGCCCGGCUGCUUUUACAGGUUAUAUAACCAACUGUUGUGUCUUUAUUUCAUACAGUCACUGCUCUGUAUGUUUUCUGUGAGGAAAAUAUACAGUUUAUAACGCCAUCCUUUUCAGAAAUAGUCAUCUGGUUGGUUAAAAUGUUUCUACUUGCUGUUGAGUUGUGCACUUGGCAUAUUGUUGUUUUUUUUUUGUAUAUCUUUCACUCUGUCCGGUGUUUUCUCUACCUUUGUCCGUUCUCAGGUGUGGACAGUACAGGGAGCUGACAACUUGCAUUUAGAUUUUCUCACAGAUUCUCAGUUAUAAAGUGACACACACUCCAUCAUCACUUUUCACAACAAUAGUUGAUCUGCCAAGUCGUUGGGUCAGAAAAGUUCAAAUCAGCAACAGAAAUAGAUAAAAAGUAAUUUAAUUAUUGACCUUAAGUCCUGAAGCAAAUCUAACUUGUUAGCAGUGCAUUAUACAAGUAUCUGUACUUCCUGAACUUUUACACAUUUUAUCACAUUACAGCCGCAAACUGCCAUUUACUUAUGGCAGUUUGCUAUGUUAUUUAUUUGAUAUGUUAUUUUUUACAAAUACUGUUUUUUAUUACCAUUCCCCAAUACUUUAUUUUUCACAAACCACUUUUCCAUGUAAUUACACCUGCAACAGUAGUGGUGAAAAAAUUUAGUUUAGAGUUUCUGUUGAUAGCUGGGGAAAUUAUCCACAUAUGAAUCGUAUAUCACACCUAGUUAUGAAAUGAUUUCCGAGUCUGGUUGUAAGUCCUGCUUCUUGCUGGUUGCAUAAACUAUACGUCAUCGCUGCAUCUCUCCAUUGACCUGCGAACCUGGCUUGUCCCUAUGCAAGUCAGUUAAUACAAGUCUGUGACUGCCUCACUUGCCUCAUCACAUCUGUCUUUUAACAAAACUUGGAGGCUUAGGCGACGCCUUAAUCCUAAUCCAGCGUGGAUUGAAAUGCUGGAAGGUGAGCCUCUGCCCAGUCUCAAGUUUUUUUCAGGAACAAAAAACUUGAACUUUUGGUCUGAUUUGACCAGAGCACCAUCUUUCACAUGUUUUCUGUGUUCCAGACAUUAAUUUUGGCAAACUACUUAUGUCUUUGGGCUACUUUAAAUAAUGUCUUUAUUUAUUUUCUUACUGCUUUUUGGCUUGGUCCAGAUCUGUGGAAUCCACAUCUAAUAGUUUUUCUGUCAACAGAUUUGCCCAUCUGAACGGUGGAUCUCGUCCACAGUUACCAUAGGCCUCUUGGCUGCUUCUCUGAUUAAUGUCCUCCAUAUCAGACCUGUUACUCGGUGGAUGGCUUCAACUUGGUUGAAGUACAGUUUUGCUAUUCUUUGUUGUACAUGUUUUAAACAGUACUUUUUGAAAUGACCCAAACUUCACCAUAACCUUACCUCUGACCUGUCUAUGAUGUUCGGGUUUUCAUGAUGUUCCAUCAACUUUCUCUAGUGAGCCUCUGAGGCUAUAAUUUCCCUCCCAGCUCGUCUUUGUGUAUCAUGAAAUGUCCCAAUAAAAUACCUUAAAUUUGCGUUUAAAACUAAAUGUGAAAUAGUUAAAGGGAUAUUAAUAAUUUUGCAAGACACUAAUCUCAUUGCCAGCAUACAUCACCCAUAGUACUAGUGUCUGAAAGCUGCCAAAGCUGCAUGACUUGGGUAAAAUGGAAAAAUGUUCAACACAGAUGGUUCUUCUGAGUAGUGAGCUUUAUUGCUUUCUGCAGCAAGAACAGCACAUCAGAUCCCUGUGUACUCUGUGCACUACUCUGAAGAUUCACACAGUCUUUUAACAGUUUUCUACACACCCACAAAAUCACACAAUCCUCAACACACAUUAAAUCACUUUUGAAACUCGGUACCCCUUUGAUUAAAACUCAAUUCUGUCUGGCCUCACAACACAAAUUAAAGAGUGUAUCAACUCUGUGUUUGCACUCUCUGAGCACGUUAUCACACUUAUGAAAUCACAAUUCACUUAGUUAUCCAACAUGUUAAAAGGUCAGCGUGUCAUACUAUUGACUGGUGCCACUUAUUUUUGCAUAGAGAAACAUACACAAUUUCUAUCACACUUGCCUUGUGGUCCAUAUUUUGACCCAUCAGUCAUAAAAUAUGCAGGGAGCACUUCUUUUAGAAGAGAUGCAUUCUUCCUGGGUGCAUUAAAUCAGAGAAAGUGGAUCAGAGGCAGUGAUCCAGGAAGCUCUCAGAUGCACAACACAUUCUAGUCUAAAGAGUAAGAGUGUGAGCGCCCUUAAAUAGAUGGCUGUAUAGUCAAUAGCAGGAUGCUGCGGGUGUGGACAGAGGUGUUGGGUGUCACAGCACAGCUGUCCCACCAGAACUGAUUGAGUAACGACUGACCAGGUCUGAACUACAGAGGUGAUAACUGCAGCAAUACCUGAGCUGAUCCAGUGCGACACAUUUAUGCACACACCCCCCCCCCUGAACUUCAUAGGAUUUGUUUUAAAAGCUUUUUUAAGAGAACAAAAUUGCAUUGUUUUAAUUGGAUUUUAAGUCUAUGUUAAAAUAAGAAAUAUUUAAAUCAUGUUUUUGCUCAAACUCUGAAGUUCAAUCUGGACUAACUUUACAAAAGUGGGCAGGAAAUUUGCUGGAUUGACCUGCUAGAGAGAUUCGUAUGUACCUUGAAGUCCCAUCAAGCAAAGAUGAAAUGCUUAACUGUAGAUUAACAUGACAGUGGGAGUACAGUAGAGUAAAUAAACUUUCCUUGCUGAAUGUUUUAAUUUUUGAAAAUAUGAAAACUUUUUUUUUAAUAUAUAUAUAUACAGUAUAUAGCUAAAGCUUUUUUCUUUCUUGCUCAGAUCUUUCCCCCUUUGAUCCUAUUAAUAAGAUGGUGACAACCGUAGUCUCAGUCGUGGUGUUUUAUAGUUACUGUGUGAUCUCUGAUGCACCGUUUUAGACGUGUAACUUUGGGGCUGUUAGAGUAGGUCUGUGCUGUGGCCGUAAUUUGUGUGUGUAUGUCUGUAGUUAGUUGUUUGUGUAUGUGUUUUUCUGAAAGUGUGCGAGUGUGUGCUUUGGAUGACAGAUGUGUGUGUGUGUCUGAGUUACAGGGGCCGUGAAUGGGACUGGGGCUAUACUUGCAUGGUUUGCCUUUUGGACAUACCGUACAUUCCUGUACUGUUGUUUUUGUGCCGUAAAGUGCUGUUUUUGACUCCUCUUUGUCAUAUCUGUGACUGUGAAGAUUCUUAGAAAAACGUGGUAAAGACGGUAUGAAUUUUUGACAUCGAUAUUAAAUGUUAGUGCAAGAAAAAAUAUGGGUAGUUGUACUCGGAUAAAUUUGAGAUUAAAUUAAUCUUUUCAUGUAUUUUCCUGAUUUUUGAAAGGGAUUAAAAAAGCAACCUACUGGACGUUUCUCUGACAUGAAAAUUUAUUGUCCAGGUUUAGAUAAUUUAGAUGCAUUCAAUACUGCAAUCAUGAAUGGUGACUAUUGUGAAAUCUUUGCUGAAUGUUCCUAUUUUGUAAUUGUGUAGGUUAAAUAUACAAAAUAUGAAGUAUGUUGAGAAAAAUCAAACAUAUAUAUAUAUACAUAAGAGACAAUCUAUAGCAUAAAGAUUAUUUUACUUAAAUUAUGUAUUUAUUUUCCUAUUUAACUUAAAUUCUGCUGGCCAGUUACAGAGCUUUUUUUCAGGGCAAGUGUCCAAAUUAUAUCAGAGAUAAUUUAUUUUAUUUUUACUAUAGAGAUGAUUUCUUUCCAUUUUAGUAAAUUAAAACUCUUCUGUCAUAAGUGUAGAUGGUUUCGUCUACGUGUGUUUAAAUAAUUGUGAUUGAAUGACAACAAAAUUCUUAAAACCUGGAUUGCUGAUCUAUGAAAAUGUUUAAAUUCUGCGAUCAAAGCAUUUCUGUUUAUGAAUUUGUUGCUUUGUUCUCCAAUAACAAAUCUAGUGCGACACGAUCCAAAGGAAUAAAUUACGAUCUUUUAAAUUA